AUGGCCAGAAAUAACAAACGCUCGAAAAGGUCCAAGCAUUAUAUUGAUCCAUUGCAGUUAAAGCCUUUCGUCAGUGCGGCCGAACAGGACGCGUUCUACACGAUCAUAGCCGACACGGGCGGAAACUGGGACAUCAUAGUCACCGUGCUCUGUUCCUACUUCGAGAUCCCGCCGCUGACAAAGCGACGGGGACUCAAGCAGAUCCACGAGAACUUUGAAACGCUGUAUGGCCGCCUUGAUGCUGUGUACAAGGUAUACGAGGAGGAAGGGAAGGAGAUGGUGCUGGGUGGCAUUAUUGGAAUCUUCGCGAAGAUGUGCUCCGACGCUCUCCUUCGUGACAAGCUGUUUGAGAAAGGUACUCUUCUCUUGAGGAUGAUGUCUCUCCUCGAUUCCGACGUAUGCCGGCACGUCGUCCUGCUGUCGCUGGCCAGCAUGACCCAUCUCUCAGGUCAUCAUACACACAUCCAGAUCGCUUGCUAUGCCCGGAGGCUCGUUGAUCUCGUUAAGACACGCCCAGAUGACGCGAAGACACAAGAGCUAUGCAUAGUCGUCUUGGGGCACGUGGUAUCAACCGUGACUUUGGAUGGAGACAACGCGGUUGAAAUCCUCGAGGAUAUCGAUAUCACGGAGACAAUCCGAGUACUGCUCGAAGCCGCCCGAAAGCCAAAAAGUUCCGCCUAUCUCAUCAGCCAUGCGUUGCUUCUCAUCCAAAACGCAACGUGGAACUGCCGUGUUUGUCAGGAAUACGAGAAGAAUCCAUCCGCGAGAAGGUUUAUCACCGCAUUCUUGCGGAGUGACGAUAUUAGCGCCCGAGCUGGAGCCCUCGGCUCACUCAUACGUUUGCACGCUCAUGCAGGUGAAGAUGACGCGCCCAAACAUAACUCUGAGGUUUUCGAAGCCGCGAUGUCCUCCCGCGCCUGGCCUCCUCACAUCAACGAUGCCUUCAUGAGGUAUGGUCCAACGAAGUGUGAAACCUUUAUCAUGUUCAAUGCCAUGAACGAGAAUCAAGCUCUCCUGUACGAGACCCUCUGCGACUCCCCGGAUUUCUACGCAAUCGGUAAAAAGCUGGUUAACGUCAUAUUAGCUACUGAUCUCGACUCGGAUGCGGAACUGGAGGAUGACGGGACGUGGUCGCCACCGUUCAAAAUGUGGUCGGACGUUCUGCUCAUCGCCGCAAAAGCCAUCCGAGAGAAGGGGAAACGAAACGAAGCGUACUUGGCGGAUAUUCUCGAAGUCCAGUACUCCUUCCUACGCCAGGAUGUCCUUAAGUUCUUCUCCCGAGCUCGAGACGCCAUUUCGCGGCAUCCAGACGUCGCCUUCUUUUACUACAUUGCCAGCUUCGCCGCUGAGCGGGAAAUCGGCUUGCGCUACGCGAAGAAGGGCCUGCGAUGCACGAAGUCGCUAACUCGAUCGGUCAAGCUUGGUCUACUAGAACGUAGCAUCCGGCUCGCCGGUAACAUGGCCCUGUCAGUGCUGAGUCUGUCACAUACGCACACGGACAGAUGGAAGGAAGGGAUCGCCUAUCUCGCGAGCGCGUCGGAGGAUGCCAAGACGUUUUUGACCGACUCGCCCCCCGAUGCCACGAAUUUUGGGACUGUUGUGGAUUGGUAUAUCCUCCUGACGCUUGCGCUUAUGGGGAAGGAGGCGAGGUCAGAUUUGAAAGACUUUGAUAUUAUGGAAUAUCAGCUCACGCACACCCAGGACAUACUCGAAAGGCUCCGACUCAACGAGGAUGUGAUGCGUUAUAUAGGGACGUCGGAACCCAAUUCGAAAUUGCGCCUGACGCGAAUGACGGUCUUCCGAGACUACGUUGCCGCCCAGAAAGAAUGGGGUGACCUUAUACGGCAUUUCGACGCCAUCUCGGAGAAAGGUGCCGGCAUCGAUGAACGGGGGCUCAUAGAUCCACAGGGUGUAACGCACGAGCUCACGUCGUGGCUUGACGAGAAGCUGCAGCUCGAGGACGAAGACCCUGAUUUCGACCCAAGGCAGGUUCCAACGCGUGUGCGGCCUCAGGAGGUUAUGGGCAACUCUGUCACGUUGUACCGAUGCAGCAACUGCGGACACCCGAGUGCCGUGCUUAAGAAGUGUGGGGGCUGCAGUACCGCCAGGUGUAAGUAA